GAGGAGAGAGGAGGAGGAGAAGCCGGAGUAAAGUUUGUCCAAGUUUGCACAUCCCUUCGGAAACGCCAUUUUGAUUCCUCUCCUCUUCGGAGUGACUUUCAGCCUCUUUCCUCCUCCAUCCUGUCUUUAUUUGUUUAUUCUUCAUCCUCCAUCACCGCCAUCCUCCUCCUCCUCGCCACGAUGGCUCGGCGCAAGCAGCCCAACCCCAACAAAGUCCGGGUGUGAGUUUCAGACACAAACACAACAAACCCCGCCCCCUUCUGCGCCGCUCCUGAGGCUCGAGUGAGAGUUGAGUUACGUAACAGACGGCAGCCAUGGAGAACGUUACAGAGGAGUUGCAAGAAAAGGGCGGAGCCAACAUUGACAUGAACAAGGAGGAGGCGGAGCCAGAAGAGCAGACGACGCACAAUGAAGUCGAAGCGAUCAACGGAGUGAUGGAGGAAGAGAAGGAGGCAACAAGUGAAGGAGAAACGAUACAGCAAGGAGACCAAGGAGGAGACCUAUCCUCUAUCAACGCCAUGAUGUCAGCUGUGAUGUCAGUUCCUGGAACCAUGAAUGGAGGAGGAGAUGAAGGAGGGAGUGGAGUUACGUCAGUCAACUCCUCUGCUGGCCCCUCCCCCAGUCCUUCACCCAGCAAGUCGCUUACGGCCGCAAUGAGGGCCCCGCCAAGUCGCACCGCACGCCGCAACCACGACACCAAAGACGACGGUUCUACCCACAUCUGUCCCCUGUGUGAUAAGAGCUGUCAGACCCAGCAUCAGCUGACCAUGCACAUUCGACAGCACAAUGCAGACACCGGUGCCACGGACCACUCCUGCAGCAUCUGUGGGAAGUGCCUAAGCUCCGCCUCCUCGCUCGACCGACACAUGCUGGUCCACAGCGGAGAGAGGCCAUACAAGUGCAACAUCUGUGGACAAACGUUCACCACUAAUGGCAACAUGCACAGACACAUGAAGAUCCACGAUAAGGACCCGGCGAGCGGUCUGCUCCCCAUCAGCAGCCCCCCCUCCCCCACCAAACGCCGCCGGACGUCUGUUAAGAGAAAGCAAGACUUUGACGAGGAGAAUGGAGACGAGGCUCCCAGUAAAAAGGUGAUGGACGACGCUGCAUUUGAAGAGGCAACAGCGAUCCAGGGCUCGGAGGAGGAGCUGCUGCCCUGUCCCAUCUGCUUCAAGACCUGCAGCUCCAGACUGGAUCUGGACGCCCACAUGGACUCUCACCCUGACACGAUGCUCAGGUGUGACCUCUGCUGCCUCUCCUUCCGAACACACAGAGGACUGUUACGUCAUAACGCAGGGGUUCAUAAGCUCCUCCCCCAGGACCCCAAUGGCCGACCCUUCAUUCAAAACAACCCCUUCAUCCCCACCGGCUUCAAUGACCUGGCCUUCAUAGACUUCUCAUGCAAGAAGUUCGCUCACAUUGCUCAGGUGUGGUGUGAGACCAACCUGCGGCGCUGCAUCAGUAAGUUCCACCGCUUCGUCUGUGACGGCUGCGAUAAGGCCUUCCCCCUGCGCUCUGCCCUGGACCUCCAUAAAACCACCUCCCACUCAGUCACACCCUCUGACCCAGAAGGAGCUGAGGAGAAGCUGAAGGAGAAUGGAGAUAAAGCUGCUGAGAAUGGAGAUGGUGACCAGUUAGAUGAAGAUCUGCCGUCAGAGCAGCAAGGCUUCCUGGGAUUUCUGGGCCUUAAGCACAUUUCAAAGGUGGAGACUGGUCCUACUGAUGAUGAGAUCCAUCAGGCCCACCUGGACAGCAUCAAGGUCAUCCACGUGGAGCCGUCGUCCUCCAGCUUGCCCCUUGAGCCAGCGUCCUCCUGCCUGUCGGAGGGGUUGGUUCCCAUGUUGGGUCUGGGAGUUGGAGGACUGGCGGCUCUGAGCAUCCCACUCCUGGAUGGCUCCACCCUGCAGGGCCUGUCCCAGCGGGAGGCCCUGAGCCUGUUGUCCCUGCAGCCGUUCCAAGCUGGCUUCCUGCUGCAGCCUGAAGGGGGCGCCACCACAGCCAGCGCUGCCUCAUCAGGGGUCAAACCCGGAGAGGCGGGUGGAACUGGGGUUGUGGAGCUGGCGGAUAUCCAACAGAUCCUCAAAGUGGCGACUGCAUCGCCCAAUCAGAUCCCUCCCCUGGCCAAAGCUCCGGGGUUCAGCGGAGGUCACGGUCUGGUUAUGGGUCAGAAGGCCAUGCCUCCUUUAAAGCCCAAACCUCCCAUCAGCCCCCGCUCCAGCCUCACAACAACCACGCCCCCCCCUCUGCAGAGCUCCCAGCAGGCCUCCCUAGGCUGCAUCAGCCCCAGCCUCCCCCCUCCUCCCCACACCCUCCUCAAAAAUUCCUCCUCCUUGGUAGGGGGCGGAGCUCAGAUGGAUGCAGAGUGUAUGGGGGACACGCCGCUGUCUGAUUCACCACCUGCUGCCACCACAGCUGUUCAGGAGGAGGCGGGGCUUAGCAUCAGGAAGGUGGGAACCAAAGCGGGCAUAAAUAGCAGUGGCGGGGUGAAGGGCUCUUUCCCGUGCCGGUCGUGUGAUCAGGUGUUUGCCUUCUCCGGAGUCCUGCAGGCCCACAUGCGCUUUCAUCUUGGCACGCUUCCCCAUCAGUGCAACAUCUGCGACUACGUGGCACCGGACAAAGCAACGCUGAUCCGCCAUCUUCGUACACACAGCGGUGAGCGGCCAUAUGUGUGCCGCGUCUGCCAUUACCCCUUCACUGUCAAGGCCAACUGCGAGCGCCACCUCAGGAAGAAACAUGCCAAGACUUCCAGGAAGGACAUCGAAAAGAACAUCAAAUAUGUCACCUCAACCACUACCGCCAGCAUGGCGGUGUCGAUCACAGCGACAACCCAAGACACGGAGACCAGCUGCACUGGGGCUGAGACCACCUGCCGGUUCUGUGGCGAGGACCUGAAAUCGUACCGCGCCCUGCAAAUCCACCUGCGCACGCACAACGGCUGCCAGAGGAAACCGUUUGAGUGCCGCCGCUGCGGCGCCGCCUUUCUGGCUAAACGGAACUGCAUUCACCACCUGCUGAAGCAACAUCCAGAGGUCCAGGAGCGGGAGAUUGAGGACCACAUCGCCACACUCAUGCCUACCUCCACUGGCACCACCACUCGCCCUUCCCUGGUUAAUCAGGUGGCACUGAACGGGAUCAGUCACCCAGGUCAGGUGCUCCGAACGCCGAAGGUGGAGGAACCGGGUUAUCCUGUAGAACUGGACCAGCCUCUGGACUUCUCAUCUAAAGGUCGAGGCCCCUGCGCUCAGGUUGGAACUCCCUACAUCAAAUCUGAGAGCUCCUCCCCCAGCUUUGACUGUUCCUCCCUCGACCAGCCAAUCGACCUAUCCAUCCCUAGCAAGCGGCAGCGCCGGGAUCUGGGUGGGGAAGAGAAAGAUGGUGCCGUUACAGAGUCCACUUUGCUAAAGGAUGAGACGAUAGCCAGUGUCUUCCCGCCUCUGCAGUCUCACCCACCGCUGGGCUGCUACCAGCUUCCCUCUUCCUCCACUCACACCACCUCAGCUCGAGCCCCCCGCCUCAAGCCUCUGCUGCCCAAACCUGCUUCCACAUCAUCUCCACCUUCCGUGAAGGAGCUGGCUCCUCUGGCCUCCAUCGCUCAGAUCAUCAGCUCUGUGUCUACAGCUCAGAGCCUGCUGGAGGGAAAACCGCCGCCAGGAGCCUCCUGUCAGACGGAUUCAGCUGCUGAGGCUCCUGGACCCUCCGCCCUCCAGGAUGUGGCGAGCGAAGAUGCGUCUGACGGAUCCUCCAGAAGACGGUCGAGGAAGAAGCCGGCAGCUCUGGUAGCAAAGGAGAAGCUGUUGAGCAGCAACAUCGACCUGGAAUCCAGCGGAGAGUUCGCUAGCGUGGAGAAGAUGCUCGCCACCACAGACACCAACAAGUUCAGCACCUACCUGCAGACCAGCACGGAGCUGGUAGCAAAGAGAGACACAGAAAAAGCAGGAGACAACGGAACAGAGAAGGAGGUAAGAGUGAAGGAGGAGGGGAAACCACCUGCAAUGGCCGUGACCGGUUCUCAGCCCAAAGGGAAAAAGAAUGCCUACUCCAACUCAGUCCAGAAGAUGACCUGUCCCUUCUGUCCCCGAGUCUUUCCCUGGAUGAGCUCUCUGCAGAGACACAUGCUGACCCACACAGGUCAGAAGCCAUUCCCGUGUCCUCGCUGUGACGCCUUCUUCUCCACCAAGUCCAACUGUGAGCGCCACCUGCUGCGCAAACAUGGCGUCACUCACAGAACUCUGCGACGCAACGGUGCUAUUAUGAAGAAAGAUGGCGACGAGGGCUCGCCUGAGAGUGCCGAGAGCCAGUCGGAGACGGAGCAGACCACACCGGAAAAACCAGAUCCCGGCAGUGCCGUGGACCCAGGCCCUGCCCCCUGUGUUUAUAACACCGCCUCUAACCAAAACUCACCACUAAGCCCCACCCACAAACCCAGUCAAGCGUGCAGUUCGGCUGUUGCAGCUGCUGAGCAGCGAGAACAGGAGGCCACCGAACAUCCUGACCUGCAGGUGGCGCCAGAAAACAAAGGAGCAGGAAAACAGGCCCCGCAGGGCACCAAGGUGGAGGUCAUGGAUGAUGAAGACUGUCAAAGCAACAAAAGUCUGGACCUGAACUUUGGCAAAAAGCUCAUCGACUUUAAGCUGUCCACGUCCUCCUCGGGCUCCACCCCACAAGAAGAGCAACCCUCCUCCCCCUCACCUCUGUCCUCUACUCCCCCGGAGCCAUCAGAGAGCUCGGAGGAGAAACCAGCAGCUGCCUCCUCCUCCUCCUGCAGCCCUACAGACAAGCAGCAGCCAGAAUACAAACACACAUGUCGCGUCUGCAGGAAGAGUUUCCGCUACGCCACCACUCUGGCCCGACAUGAGAGGGCGCACCUCUUAGAGGAGGCGCCGGCUCCCACAGAGGAGGUUUCACCAGUCGAGGAGGAGAAGGAAGAGGUGAUGGAGAGCAUUACUGCUGAGGAGGAGAUAGACACUGAGAUGGAGGUAGAAGAGGGAGGGGGAACAGUAGUGGAAGGUGAAGGAGGAGAGAGAGGUGAAUCGGAGGAGGAGAAGGAGAAGGAGGAGAGGAGCGAUGAAGAGGCAUCAGAACCAAAGAGUUUGGAGGGAGGAGGGAAGGGAGGAGAACGGGUGGACAAGAGGAAGAAGAUCUGCAACGAGUGUGGGAAGAGAUUCUGGUCCCUGCAGGACCUGACCAGACAUCUGAGGUCACACACAGGUGAGCGGCCCUACAAGUGUCAGACCUGUGAGCGGACCUUCACCCUGAAGCACAGUCUGGUCCGGCACCAGCGGAUCCACCUGAGGCCCCGUGGCGCUGACGGCUCCUCCGGCGCCAACGACGACGCCAGCGAGGAUGGAGACUCCCCGACCCCCACCUCCACCUGCCCCCCUUCAGAGAAUGAAAGUGAGUGUGGGAGCGCCGCCGCCGGGUCCAAGGAGCUGGAGGAGGAUGAAGAGGACCUGAAGGAGGAGGAGGUGAAGGAACCUGCUCCACCACCACCCUCUUCAGUAGAAGCUGAACCCAUAGCCCAGCAGACAUCUACAGACUGGCCUGAUGGAGCUGCUGGUUCAAAGAGCACCUCCACCAGCGACACCCCAGCAGACUCCUCCAAAGACCCCCCUCCCUCCUCUAGCUCUCCAGCAGGAGGCGCUGCAGCAGAUGGACCUCCAGAAGGCUUUAUUGAAGGAGUUCUGGAGCUCUACACCAAGCCCCCCCUGGAGCAUAUCCUCCCCAGCGGAGAGCCCCCCCUGGUGGGGGUGGAGUGACCCCAGCCCCCAGUGCCAUGCAGCCAGCAGCAGCCCAGCUGAACCCUGAAGUGCCUUACUACUAGUCUUAGAUGUUUCUGCUAGAUCUUUAUCUGCAUCGUCUGGAUCGGACUUUUAGAGCUUUUUAUGAUUCUGUUUCUGAGGGAAUCAGCAAGUCAGCAAUAAAAGAUGAUUUAUUAUUGUUCUAUCUUUUGUUUGGAGACUUGAUGAUCAACGUAGGAGACACUUGAAGACCGAUGGACAUGGAAAUCCCAGCCAGGCUCCACAGAACCGCUGCCAGGUUCUGAUGCUGUGACAUGAAAGCAAACGUUUGGAGCAGAACCCUUCAGUCCAACAGGCGCUGGUUGGACAUUUGAUGCUCUCCAGCUCCUCCUCAGCUUCAUGACCUGGCCAUGGACUGGAGGAAGUGGUGGGUCAGGCCGGUCCCACCAGCAACAGAAUCUACUGGUUUAGUAACUGGAAACAACGGAGCAGUCGUCACACCAUCUCUCCCUCUCUCCCCAUGAUCUUGUUGCUCGUCCUUUGGAGGAAGAACUCUGAAAGGGUGAAGAUAGUGUUUGUUAUAAUAGACCCAUCCCACUAUGGACCCCCAGGACCCUCUCUGAUUGGCUGAUCCCAUGGACAGAGGCUAAGCAGCCAUCAUGGCGGAGUGUUUAUUCUUCUGCAUGUGUGCGAUUUAUCGGUGAUAUUUAGGUGUGGGACGGGGAAUUUGUGUUUCUUAAGUAACUGAACAAAUGAAAGUGUGUGUGUGUGUCACCGUCGCCCCCUACUGUUGUCUUAGCUUGAUUCCAGUGACACCAGCAUGCUAGCAUGUCCGGCCACUAACACUCAUUCAGUUUACCUCAGCUGUGACUCUUUAACUGAAUCUUCGCCCGGUCAGGGCGGCUCUGCGCAUCGCCCUUAAAUCUACGUCUUCCUCGCUGAUACGUGGUUGCACCUUCGAAAGCAGACUUGCUACUGAGGGCCAAACCAGAGCUAGCCAGCGCCAACUCGUUAGCGUAGCCUCUAAUGCAGGUAGCAGAGCUGAGUGUGGGGAUGAUGGCAGCUAAAGAAGAGUGAUUUAGUUGAGAAGAACAUUAAGUGCUAAGUUACUGCCUUUCACCAUGAAAGUGGUCCACACGCUAGCUCAGUCCCCACCAGAGAGGGUCCGGCACCAGCUAGCUGCUUAGCUUCAAACAUAUCCAGUUGUUAGUGUCCCAGCGUUCCCUGGGCAGUAUUACUUGUCUUCAGUCCUUGGACUGGGUUAGUAUCAGUGGUCCAGUUGGUUCCAGCCUGUCCCAGUCCAACCAGCUUCAGGUUCUUCUGAAUCAUCUCUACUCAAGCCUGUGGUCCGGGAUUAGAAGCUUCAGAGACAAUCAGUUUCUAUAAAAAUGAACAAAAGACUCCUUUAAUCUCAGACGGGUCCCUGAAGGAGACCGUAGGCCACUCUGGAGGACACGCGUACGGGUUACCAGGUUUAGGUCGGUGGGAACCGAGUUAACUAGCUGCACAUAAACAACAAAGGGCUAACUGUACCGACACCGACCCAACUGGUACCGAUGGUAAUGGGAAGAUGGUUCUGAGGGGUGGGGAGUGUGUGUGUGUGUGUGUGUGUGGGUAAAUGGAAUACUUUGCUACGUGUAUAAUUUUCUCGUUUUAUAUCUGAUAACCUCAAAAGCAAAUGAAACCUCAGCGGCUCGUAUCAGAACUGUAAGUUCCUGCUGUUCCGCGGGUCAGAACUGUUCUGACCAGCACUAACCUCCAGCCCUUCUGCUCCUCCUCCUACCAGCACUUCAGUGCCGAGAGAAAGGGUCGGUUCAGCCCAGAUGUUUUACAACAUGAUUUUCUGCAAACCCAGAUGUUUAAACCGCCUUCAGAAGCUGUUUAUCCUCUCUACUAAUACCACUUCCAUCACUGAGGAGAAACGGUGCGACACUUCCUCCACACCACCAGGUGGCAGUAGUGCCCACAGUAACAUCAAACAGCAACAUCAAAGGAGGAACGUUUGCUCCACUUCCCACUGGUUAACGCUCAGCUACGGGUCUUUGGUGCUUUUAAACACCUUUUUCUGUAAUCACAGUUUUUGAGAUUUUUAAAAUCCAUCAAUCUGGUUGGAUCUGGUUGGGUCUGGUUGGAUCUGGUUGGAUCUGGUUGGGUCUGGUUGGAUCUGGUUGGGUCUGGUUGGAUCUGGUUGGGUCUGGUUGGAUCUGGUUGGGUCUGGUUGGGUCUGGUUGGAUCUGGUUGGGUCUGGUUGGAUACCAGAUUUUUCAGGAAGGAUCGCUCUUGGAUUAAGUAGUAGAAACACAAACUACGACGCCGUUUUUCCGUUUCUCGCUUCCCCCUGUUGCUGUAAACAUGGAAUCGUACACCCCCACCAACCAGCUGCAGGGGGCGGGGUUUCAGCAUGUAGGUCAGAAUAAUCUGGAUGAAGAUAUUUUAGUAAAUGUAGAAAUGAUGUUUAAAAUGUACGAAGCGGCAUAGUAGUGCUAGUACCAGGACUCUUGAAGGUGGAGCCAACAGAUUAUUUGUGUGGACAGGAAGUGGUUCGUUGUGGGCGGGGCCUUCACAUUCAAAGUCUCCUUUGAAAUAAAAACUGAUUAAAAGUAAAUCACAGCAGAAAGCAGGUUUCGUGUUAACGUCCGAUCUGAACAUAUUUACUUAGAAUCGUAGCAGGACAUGUUCAUUGAGCAGUAAGAUGAAUAAACGGUAAUUCACGUUUGUCUUGACCGUUUACGUUAGCGAUCUAACGACUGCUAGCUACGAUUAGCGCUCUGUGACUGAAGCUCUCUGCUAUACGCUUGAGCCUCAACACAACAGUAAAAGUGAAUAAUACGAGACUUUCGUAGCGAUGUUAAACAUGUUCAGGGCAAAAAGCUACACAGCUAAGGGCUGGCGCUGGUUUCUUCGUUUAGCUCCAUAAACUUGCUUUUGACCAGCCGAGGGUUUGUCAGCGAUUUAGAGCAUUUUUGAGUUUGAUCGUUUUUGGUUUGGAGGCAAAACAAGACAAAUGUUAGCUAACACCGACGAGCCUCGGCGGCGGUCGUGGAUUAGAACCGGCCCUUUCUCUGUUUUAGUCUCGAUGCUUCUAGAGAUCUGUGCCCGCUGUGUGUGUGUGUGUGUGUGUGUGUGUGUGUGUGUGUGUGUGUGUGUGUGUGUGGCCAUACAAAUACUGGACUUCCAUUCGAAUGCACAUGGACUUUUUUAAACCGUAUUUAUUUGGAUCCCGUGUGCGUGUGUGACUUGAGAAGAAGCCAUGUAUUAAAUCUCACAUUAAUGCUGCAGAAGUGUUGUGAGGAAGCGCUGGGUUGUUUUGUGGACUCACUGGCUUGCCGUAGAGCAGGUCGGCGUGACUCAGACUAGCAAUAAGAACCCUGAACCUAAAAGCUUUAUGUAGAUAUCCUGUUUGUCUGGGUCUUCUGGUUCUGUUAAUUUUUAGUUUGGUGGAGAUUGUUUUCUUUAUGAAUUAUAAAUACAUAUAAACUGUGAAAUCCAUUGUGUUCAGUUAAAGGGUGACUUAGGUUAGUUUUUAUUUGCAUGUUAAUCUAAUCCAUCCAGUUAUGGAUGAUUCAUCUUCUCUCCAUCACUUCCUGUGCUACACACACACAUAUAUAAAUAUGAAAUUAUAUAUAAUCUCGCUCUCAGGGUCUUUCUCAAAUCCAUUUUUGAAUUGCUUCAUGUUCUUAUUUCCUGAGUCAAAUGUUCAGAUUUAUUAUUUUCUUUUUAAGAUGAUUCAGAUCUGUCAAUCACUACAUUUAGCACUUGACUGUGAACUUGUCAUGGCCCAGUAAACGUGGCUGAGAGCAGACUUCUGAUUCUGGCCCGUUUCUGUUUUAGUUGGAACCUUUUUAACCUUUAGUCCCAGACGAGGAGGACGUUCGACUCGCAUGUGUGCUGGACCUCAAUCUGAAAGCAUUAAUACACAAUCGUCUCGUAAAUUUCUCAUCAGUUUCUCCUUUUUCUGCUGUUUGAAAACAUGACAGUGUUUCACAAAGUCAAGAGAUGUAAACUCUGUAUUCAACCCAAUAAGAAACAGCAAUAAAGAUUAUGUUAAGGAAAGGUGUGCAAAUCUA